AUGGGUCUUCUAGCUCUGGGAACGCCGCUUGCCUGGCCCGAAGCGAAACAGGUGGCCGGACAGGUUCGCGAAUGGGGCAUUGAGCAACUAUUGGCGACAUGGAGACGAGCCAAGGGCAAAGAGCGCGAUGCCCUUCUCUGGGGAGACGAGAUCGAGUACCUUGUCGUGACAUACGACCAUGACAAGCGUGAGGUCAAGCUCUCGCUACGCCAGGCAGAUAUUCUCGAGGCUUUGGCUAGCGAUGAGAAGCUCCUCGCUCAGGGUGGUGGUGUAGACGAGAUUCAGCGUGGUUCAGCCAGAUCUGGCAAGACGGCGCCCGUCUUUCAUCCCGAGUUCGGCCGUUUCAUGCUUGAAGCCACUCCCGGACGACCAUGGGGAAUUGACCUCAAGGAUCUGCUGGACGUCGAACCAGACAUGAAGUGGAGGCGCAAAAUCGCAAAGGAGCACAUGGAACCCAGCGAGUUUCCCAUUACUUUGACCACCUUCCCACGACUGGGUGCUAAAGAGCGCUCCAUCACUCCCGAGUACCCACUGAACGGCGACAAGCUCAGGUCUCAGUUCCUGCCCGAUGAGAUCGCAAACCCCCAUAUACGUUUCCCGACUCUAGCCGCAAACAUUCGCGCUCGCAGAGGCCGCAAGGUCGAGAUCAACGUACCCGUGUACAAGGAUGAGAAGACUACAUGGCCCUUCAACGACCCAACCGUCGAUCACGAUCUUCACACUUGGCCUGAGGAUGACGACGUUCGCAAUGGAGCCGCCAAGGAAAAUCAUAUCUACAUGGACGCCAUGGCCUUUGGCAUGGGAAGCUGUUGUCUGCAAAUCACUUUCCAGGCAAAGAACAUUGACGAAGGUCGUAAGAUGUACGACCAACUUAGUCCUAUUGGUCCAGUUCUGCUGGCUUUGACUGCUGCCACACCCAUCUACAAGGGCUUCUUGGCCGAUACCGAUGUCAGAUGGAACCAGAUCAGCAGAGCCGUCGACGACAGGACCCCUGAAGAGCUUGGAGAGAAGCCAUUGAAGAACUCGAGGUGGCAGAUCCCCAAAUCUCGUUACGCUUCAAACUCCACAUACAUUGCUCAAGACCCUCGCCUACGCAAGGAAUACUUUGACCCUAACCUCGUAGUCGACCCGGAAAUGAAGCAAAAGCUCGUAGACGGUGGCAUGGACGACCUCCUAGCCACCCACUUCGCCCACCUCUUCAUCCGCGACCCCAUCGUCGUCUUCAAUGAAGACCUGCAGGAACUAGACCUCAACAAAGUCGACCACUUCGAAAACCUCCAAUCCACAAACUGGCAACACAUGCGUUUCAAGCCUCCGCCUCCCGGCAACGACAUUGGCUGGCGAGUCGAAGUCCGCCCCAUGGAGAUCCAAAUCACCGAUUUUGAAAACGCCGCCUUUUCGGUCUUUGUCGUGCUCAUCACUCGCGCAAUCCUAAGUUUUGAUCUUAAUUUCUACAUUCCCAUUCAGAAAACAACCGAGAAUAUGGAAACGGCACAUUUGCGCAAUGCAGUUACAGAGCAAAAGUUUUGGUUCCGCAAGAAUCCCUUCCCGGCAAUGAGGCAGCCUAGAUCGGGUACUUCGACGCCGACCCAGUUCUCUAGGCCCCCUAGUCCCUCGAGCCCUGUGGAGGAUGAGUACGAACUCAUGACUGUCGAUCAAAUCAUGAAUGGCAAAUCCGAUGGCUUCCCCGGUUUGAUUCCUUUGGUGGAACGCUACCUCAGCAGCAUCAACGUGGACGUUGAGAUCCGCUGCGAGAUGGCCAGAUACCUCAAACUGAUUCGUCAGCGUGCGACUGGCGAGUUGUGGACGGCGGCGAAAUGGAUCAGACAUUUUGUGGCCGAGCACAAAGAGUAUAAGAAAGAUAGUGUGGUGGGUGAAGGCAUCACUUUCGAUCUUGUCAAGGCUGUUGAGCAGAUGACUAUCAAUGAAGGUAAAGAUGGGUUGGGUGCUGAGAUGUUGGGACGAGGAAAGUAG